GCGGCCCGCAGCCGGCAGCCCUUACGGCAGCCCGAUGGGGUCAGCCCGCCCGGUGGCGGCGCCUCACCUGAAGGGUGACUGAGGGCAGCGCUGAACGCCUCCCGCCCGCCCGAGGCAGCGCCGGAGCGCGGCGGCAGCGGCCCGGCCGGAGCAACAGGCGGAGCGGGUAGGGCCGAGUGCGUUACGCCGCGUCUGGGUGAGUGCGCGCUGCGGGGCCUGGAGGGAGCACCGCCGUGCCGUGCCGCCGGUCUGCCCGGUCCGCCCGCCGCCCUCCUGUCCCCCCGCCGCCGCCCGGCUGCCCGGGCCGUGCCCCUCCCGCUGCCCUCCUCCCCCGCGCGGUCUUGGACCCACGGCCGUCGCACCGCGCUGUUCCCUCCAGCGUUUCCGACUCUGGGAAGAAAAAGCACCUUUUGGAAAGUGGAAACAUCAAAAGACUGCGGUCUCUACCUGUCACUGGCUGAUGCGGCCGACGUCUCACGAGGGAGACAAAAGUGGUCUGCGAGUCUGAAGGACUGGGCCAAAAAAAAGGAUGAAAUCUAAGAAUUGUGAGAAUGAGUGGGGCUGCGUUCCCAUCGCCAGCUGCCGAGAUGGCAGAAAUCAAUCGCCUUCAGUAUGAGAUGGAGUACACCGAAGGAAUCAGUCAGCGCAUGAGGGUCCCAGAGAAACUCAAAGUGGCUCCUCAGAAUGCUGACCUUGAGAAGAGCAUCCCAGAAGGAUUUCCAAAUGCCAGUGUAACUAUGCAGGUUCCAGAGCGGAUUGUAGUGGCAGGUAAUAGUGAAGACAUUCCACUUUCCAGACCUCCAGACCUCGACCUUCUUCAGUCUACUCCAUUCAAACCACUGGCAUUGAAAACUCCUCCCCGUGUUAUUUCUCUCAGUGAUCGACCAUUAGAUUUUUUGGACCUUGAAAAACCUCCACAACAGACCCCUCAAAAUGAAGAGGUUCGUUCAGUGGGAAGGCUGAAGAGAGAACGUUCCAUGAGUGAAAAUGCCACUCGACAGAAUGGCCAGCUGGCCAGAAAUGAUUCCAUGUGGCACAGAUCAGAUACUGUCCCAAGAAAUAAAAUGCCACGGUUCCAGUCACCUCUUUCGACUAAGGAUUGCACUGUGACACCAUCAGUGCAACAGGCUCGUGUCUGUCCUCCCAAUAUGUUGCCUGAAGACGGAACUAAUCUUUACUCUGCUCGUGGCAUUUUAUCGUUUAUCCAGUCUUCCACACGUAGGGCUUACCAGCAGGUCUUGGAUGUGCUGGAUGAAAAUCGCAGCUUGGACAAGGACAGUAGGCCAGUGUUACGUGGUGGGUCAGCUGCUACCACUUCCUCUAACCCUCAUCAUGACAACACCAGGUACGGCCUUUCCAACAUGGAUACCACACUUGAGGGAACACCAGAUGACAUGACUGUUGUAGAUGCUGCUUCCUUAAGGAGACAGAUAAUCAAACUUAAUCGGCGCCUCCAGCUUCUGGAAGAAGAAAACAAAGAGCGUGCUAAAAGGGAAAUGAUCAUGUAUUCAAUUACUGUAGCUUUCUGGCUACUCAAUAGCUGGCUUUGGUUUCGGCGCUAGACACAGCUCUGAAAGAUUUAGUAGAUCAAAAUACCAACAAAAUUUGCAAAACUCUUUGUUUCUGUUUCUGAAUUGUACGCUGUUUUAUAAUUCAUACACUGGAAACUUCCACCACAGAAAAAGGCUAUAGAAUUGCAGUGUUAAAGGGACACCUUGUUGUUCAGUUAUGCUGUAUUUAAUAGAUUUGCAUUGUGAAUACUUGCAGUAUCCUCCUUUGCAUGCUUCAAUGUAAAUACGGAUCAGCUGAUUUUGAAAUGAAGCUUGCUUUGUGCAAUGUAAGGAGAGUGUCUGACAGGAAUAAUCACUGGCUUUUUGUUGUGGUUGGGAGAGAACAAAUCAAAUUGGGUUUGGGAAAAAGUAUCAACACGAAGGAAUAAAAACUAGGUUUUACUGAUCUGUUGUUAGAUGCAAGUGAACAUCGUUGCACUAGUUCUCCUUCAGUCUAACUUGUAUCAGAGGUGUGCCAUAUUUAAGGAGUGUGUCCUGUUUCAUGAGUAUGUUCCUAGUUUAAGGCUGUGUUCAGGCCAGAUAAUAAAAGGUCUUUGCUAACAUGCAGACUGUCCAGAGGUGUGUAAUAUGUUUGUUUCUUUUUAGCUUUAAUUUUGCAGAUGUUUUUUCUAUAAAAUACAUUUCUAAGCGAGUCAAUCUGUGAGUGAUCAAAAGAUGAUGGAGUAUAAGAGACCACUGUAGUGUAUUUAAUAAAACAAAGAAAUAAUUUAAAAA